CGAAAUUAACGGUUAAACUGCAUUUUGAUUGAUCUUAUUUGGAGCAUAUUACUGAAAUGACCUCAACUGUUGUCAUCGUUACUGGAUUUAUCCUCUUAUGUUGCUAUGGUAAUUCUGCAAGCACACAAGUAAUCUGUGGAUACGAUAUACUCUGGGUGUUUGAUACUUCAUGUAGUAUCUCGGCAAUGGACAAAAUAUUGGUCAAAGACUUCAUAAAGGAUGUCGCUGAUCAGUUUGACUAUGGGGCCGACCCAGAUAAAACAUUGAUGAGUGUCAUGGCAUACGAUAAGGGGAACGACCAUCAAUUCUAUUUCAACAAUGCUUCAACCAUAUCCGAAUUUGACAAGUUUGCAGAUGAAAUAGAUUUGAAAGAACUGAAAUGUAGGACAUUGACCUGGAAGGCAUUAAAAGGGGCAGAAAGAUAUUUUGAACCUGGAUUUGGCCAACGAAAUCAAGCGAUAGAUGUCAUUAUAUUAGUCACGGAUGGGGUCACUUUUCCAAGAUAUAAACGCCCAAAGACUAUAAAACAAGCUAAAUGGCUACGAAAGAAGGGAUAUGAACUAUUUAUAUUCGCUUUGCAAAACCGGUUUGGUGUCGAUGGAGGGUACGAGUUCACACGCUUCACUAGUGACAGCGAUGGUAAACGGCAAUUUGAACCAAGCGAAUUCCAUGAAAUGCCACGCUAUGUGAAAAUGUUGACGGAUUCCACCUGUUCCAAUGUGCCAACAACAUCUAAACAAACGACUGAAGAAAAACAAACAACCGAGCAACAGAAAACAAGUGAACACCCGGGCACAACUGAACAACAAACAACUGAAAAAAAUCUUACAACUGAACAGGUUCAACUAUCAACUGCUCAAACACUCAGUAGUACAAUACCCACAACUGUAACGACCAUAAUGCUUGGGGACCUCCCAGGCGGACCCAUCGAUGAUCCGUCCCUCACAACCGACGUCCCAGAAGUAUCAACUCCGGGUACCGAUUCGCUAACAACUAGUGUUCCAACAAGACCUGCUGGGGGUGAAGAAUUACCGACAAUCGCUUUCACAACGACUCCAUCUAGAGUGAUAUGCCCCAAUGGUUUCUAUAAUGACAGUCACAAGGACUCUUGUAGGAUAUUCAUGUCUGGUUGUGACGGUGAUAUCAAGAGGUGCUGCGGAUGCACACUGGCAUUCUCGCAUCCGGGAUAUGUCAAUUCUACACCGAUGUGGCCAUCAACCGUUCUUCUAGAUUCAACGUGUCUUUGUGAGGACUGCCUGAACGAAGUAUGCAUACCUGCCUACCUGAAGUCACAAUGGCUUAUUGAAAGGAAAGGAUGGGCACCAGCAUCCUGAUUCGCUAUAGUUAUAUACAAGGGGCGUUCAAGAAGUUUACGCAAUCUUUAUUACAUAUGAUCUAAUCUUUCCACAAAAUAAUGAAAAAUAAAGGAUAACUCUUGUC